GCUGUCGCGUUUGUGCUCUGUGUGACCAGUUCAUUUUUUUAAACGUUCGCAUAUUACCGGUAUUAUGACUAAAGCAAGCAUUCAUCGAGCUAAAAGAACCUACAAAAAUCCGUUGUUGGAAGGUGUACGAUGGUCUGAAAAGUAUUCAAAACGAUUAUCGAUAUUGUGGGCUAUUUUGCCUGAAUAUUUGAGAAACCUUAUAAUUGUAACUGCUGUGUUUUUGUUGGCCACUACACUUAAAGGUGAUUGGAUCGUUAUCGUGGUGCACUUACUGAAGCAAUUUCGGAUUGAUAUUUCAUUGGCUUCUGACGAUGAUUCGCACCCAAACAUUCUGGCGCGCUAUCACCUUAAUGAUUUGUCGUACUACAUAGUGGCAGCUGUAUUCGGGUCGUACCUUAUCUACUUCACAAUUGGUGGAUUUAUUCAUUGGUAUUUCUAUGUUUGCCGUCGGGAUAAAGCUCACGAAUGGAAAUGUCAGCCUGAAAAGUUUCUCUCUCCGGAGCUAGAACUUCACGAGAUAAUGGUCGGAGCUUCGUCCUUGCUCAUCGUCAGCAUUUUAUCCGGUGUUAUUGCCUGCUAUGCGAUGAAUAACGGUAGCAUGCUUACCAUCUAUUAUGGAUGUAGCGAGUAUGGAUGGUUUUGGUUCUGCUUUCAGUUCGUUGCAAUAUUUGUCUAUCAGGACUACACAACCUAUUGGGUGCAUCGAAUAUUUCAUUGGCCAUGGCUUUAUAAAAACUUUCACAAACUACACCACACCUAUAAGCAACCGACUGCCUUCUCCGUUACGGCCAGCCAUCCGGUGGAGAUUAUUUUUACUCAGCUUGUGAUGUUCAUUCCGAUUGUCACCGUUCCUAUCCACUGGGCACCGUUCUACAUCGUUGUGGUCUACGCUUAUUGCCAUGGGAUUUUAGGUCACUCCGGUGUUAAUUUCAAGUCCUUCUGGUGGCAACCAUGGCAGCCGGAUACCAUCUUCCAUGACAAUCAUCAUCAGUACUUUCACGUCAAUUUUGCCUUCAAUAUUUACUACUGGGACAUACUGCACGGAACGUACCGUCAGAAAGACCGGGUAUAUUCGGAACACAUUUUCUACGGACGAGGCAAAAAACUGGAUGAAGUGUCGAAGGAAGUGCUGCAGACGGAUAUUGUAGAGAGGAAUCUGGAAAAUCCGCAGGCAUAUCGAAACAGUUUGCACCGGUACAAACUGGAUCAAAAGGACCUGAGAGCAAUCAUUGGGGACAAUAAAAUCGAAACAAAUUAGACAUGACUGAUUCUUUUAACAGUCACGUGGUUUUCAUGUCUUUUCUCCCUAAGCGUAC